AUGUAUUUUUAUCAAAACCAGAUCAUUGUCCCGCGAUUUCUCACACAAAUCGCCAUUCAUGUCAACCACACAGACACUGAAUUCUUCACUCAACAAUCCGAUGAUUUCCCUUUAGUUAUACUAAUUGUCCGAUCCAUUGUCGGACUGAUAGGCAACUUAUCAUUCUUCUUAUACUGUUGUCUGGCCAUCGGAUUCCUUUGUGACAAACACUUUGUGCCUAAUUUAAACCGUUUGGGUGACUCUCUAUCGUUAUCCCAAGAAAUAAGUGCUUCUAUUUUGAUCCCAUUUGGGACGUCUGGACCGGAAAUAUUUUCCUCAAUUGUCGGAAUACUAUUCACAGACAAUGACAUCGGAACGGGUGCUAUCAUUGGCAGCUCCUGCUAUAACCAGUUGGCCAUACCUGCCGCGUGCGGUCUCACUGUCGCCUACUUUGUUGGUCAGCCCAUCAAACUGGAUGCCGAACCCAUCCUUAAAGAUCUUUUAUUCUUCAUUAUUUCUGUCAUCGGUUUGAUAUUUACGGUCAAAGAUAAUAGCGUUGAUAUUGUAAAAGUUGGCCAACACUGCGGACAGUCGUCUCAACACAUGACUGAUGAGGGGAAUGCGUCGGAAGACAACAACAAUAAUGAUAACGAAAAUGUUUGCAAGAAUUUUGAGGCAAAUGAGGAGAAUAGCGACGACUUAUUUGACAACAAAUAUGUGAACACUCUGUUAAUGCCUUUUAAUGUGAUGUUUGACAUUACUAUGCCGUCCAAGAUGUCAUCUCUUAAGAAAUUUUUUAUAUCAAUCGCGUGGUUAUCAACGCUCUCCUACUUUAGCGUUAUAUCCAUCACAGACUUCAGCGAAACACUCGGUAUUCCGCACACAAUCGCAGGAAUGACAGUAUUAGCCGCCGGUUCAGCCGUUCCUGAUUUGGUGACAGCCGUAGUCGUCAUCAGAAAAACAGGCAAAGCAUCAGUCGGUAUAUCCAGCGCCAUAUCCGCCAAUAUAUUUGCCAUUUUGGUUGGUCUGGGACUCCCAUGGCUUAUAAAGUGCUCGUUGAACGGCUACAGCACUUCCAUCCCGUCUUUUGUCAUCCAUUCCGAGUCACUGCCCCUCACGUCCUGUCUAUUAUUGGUGACAAUAUUUGCCUUAAUAUUUGCCCUUAAGAUCAGUGAAUGGCAACUCUUCAAUAAGUUGGCUUAUCUUUGCGGAUCAAUUCAUGUCGUAUUCUUCUGCUUCACUCUUGUUAUCGAAUAUUUAGUUUAAGUUAUUAUAUUAGAUAUCAAAACUCAUUUACAAAAUACCAAUUCAUUAUAUAAGGAUUUUUAUUUUUAUCACAUUAUCUAAG